CAAGUGGGUUGAAGAAAUAAAUUGGCAUGGGAAGGGCAUCAUGUGUGUCCAAAAGACAGAGACAGUACUCGCAAAGCCAAAUUUUAAUAAACUCCCCCUCGUGUGUUACAUUGAUUGCUCGCUACUUUACUCCAUGAACAACGCCUCCACCAAAAGCCUUACUCUUUAAGGCUAGCAAAGAGAUCUUCUUUCUUCUUCUUCUUCUUGCAUGCUAAAUUUGCUGUUUUUCUGUGCUGCUGCCAUGGCCAUGGAUCCUAACCAAGUUCCUCCUCAAGGUCUAACCCCAGAAGAAUACCUCGAGCUCGAGCCCGUCAUUCGAAACUACCACAAAUUCGAGCCCAUGCCCAACAUAUGCACGUCCCUAAUAACACAGAGAAUCGAUGCUCCGGCUCAUGCCGUCUGGCCUUUCGUCCGGAGCUUCGAUAACCCCACAAAAUACAAGCAUUUCAUCAAGAGCUGCAACAUGAAGGGUGAUGGCAGCGUCGGAAGCAUAAGAGAGGUCACCGUCGUUUCGGGGCUCCCGGCCUCCACGAGCACCGAGAGGCUGGAGAUUUUGGACGACGAGAAGCAUAUACUGAGCUUUAGGGUUGUCGGCGGCGAGCAUAGGCUGAAUAAUUAUCGGUCUGUCACUUCGGUGAAUGAGUUUGAGAAAGAAGGGAAGGUUUACACCAUUGUCUUAGAGUCUUACGUUGUAGAUAUACCGGAGGGGAACACCGGCGAGGAUACGAAGAUGUUUGCGGACACUGUGGUGAAAUUAAACCUUCAAAAGCUCGCCGUCGUCGCCAUGGCUUCACUGCAUGGACAAGAAUGAUCGAGAUUGAUGUGCAUGCAUGGUUGCUUGGGACAAUAAUGGUGGGUGGGUUGGAUUUUUUUUUUUUUUUUAAUUUUAAUCAAGUGGUUGGUAUAUGGUUCUUUCAACUUUGCAAGUUGGAUUUUUAUUUCUUUUUUUAAAUGGUUAGACAGUUCGGAUUGGUUUGUAUUUGUUGGGUUCUGAUCCAGUCAUUAUUGUGUAAUUCUGGGUCUAUUGUUUAAGAUAUAUUUUCAGCUGCUAUUCAAUAAAAUGCUGAGAAAUAGUCAAUGGCCAAA